UAGGAAUGGGUAAGCGAGUGGUAUCAUCCUGCGCUCAUGCGGAGGUGGGGUGUGCCCUCAGGGCGUCAGAGUAUUUCAGCAGAGGAGAGAGCAGSAUUUUGGAGACAGUCCGUUAUUUAGACAGUCACACAGUGGUCCACAGUUGAGCAGGUUGAGACAAACGGGUAGACUAUAAGUUUCAGGGAUAUAUUAUUCUUUUUAUACCGCUAUUCUCAUGUGGGAAUAGUCAUAUCUAAAUCAUAUUUCCAAAGUUUGAACCCGUGACUGGUGGAUAUUUUACGAACAUAUUUCGCAGUGGAAAAAUGCCUCGUUCUUUCUUGGUCAAAAAGUAUUUCGCCAAUAAAAAACCCAACUAUAGUGAACUGGAGUGUCAAAAUGCCACCUCGCUGGAGAGGUACCCACUAGCUGAGCUUCCAGCAGGGGKCAAUAACUCAGCUGCCACCUGUUACACAACAGGACUGGUAUGGGACGUGAGCUUCCUUCCAGCCCUCUACGUCCCCACAUCCCCCACUGAUGCCUCUCCCACCCCUGGUCCCCUGGACCUCAGCUCCCCAUCUAGCCUCAGCAGCAGUGCCAGUAGCAGUGGAGAGGAGGAUGAGGGGCGCACCUCUGACCCACCCAGCCCUGAGCCCACAGACACKUACCACCCCCCCCAGCGCCCCAAACGCACAGGCAUCAAGAGCCAUGGGGCCCUGACCGAGGACGAGAGAGUGGCCCCYGUCACUGCAGCAAGGCCAGCCUUCUUCUGCAAGCACUGCCCUAAAGAGUACACCAGCCUGGGGGCUCUGAAGAUGCAUAUCCGCUCGCACACACUACCCUGUGUCUGCCCCACCUGCGGAAAGGCCUUCUCCAGGCCCUGGCUGCUGCGCGGCCACAUUCGCACACACACAGGUGAGCGGCCAUUCUCCUGCCAACACUGUAACCGUGCCUUCGCCGACCGCUCCAACCUGCGGGCGCACCUGCAGACCCACGCUGAGGUGAAGAAGUACCAGUGUGGCGUGUGUUCUCGUACCUUCAGCCGCAUGUCCCUCCUCCAGAAACACAGCGCAGUCAGCUGCUCCACCUCSUCCACAGCAUGAGCAGGAAGGGGCCAUGGAGUUAUCCCCACAGAGACCUCAGGGCGGUAGGGGAGUCUACAGACUCAUAUCACCAGCAAGACCAGAGGAGCCUGAACCAAUCUGCCAACAGAGACCAUGAACUCACCGUUAACUAGUAGGAGAGGAAGUUGACCCUGACUCGUAUCUCUUUGGAUGGAACUUCCACAGCCAUCUCAGUUUCAAUCUCAUUUAAA